AUGUCUGUUUCGCAAAAACUUGUUGACAAUCACCGUGAGUUGUUCGAAAAAGCGGCUCAUCAUAGACUCACUGAAGAGCUAUGCGCGGGCACACUUCCAGACAAGACGCUGUUCAUUUACCUGGCUCAGGAUUUGAUGUUUUUCCAAAGUGGAAUGCGUCUUCUGACCAAAACUACCUCCGUAGCACCAGAAAGUGACAGUUUGAUUACACUUGCGAAAAAAAUUGGGUUCUUCGCCAAUGAUGAAAACAGUUACUUCUACGAUUGCCUUGCGGAGCUGGGUCCCUGCCUGAAUCCCUCGCAAUGCGAGCAUUCUCGUAAAACCAUGUUGCCUGAAGUCAAAGCGUACAUUGAUCUACUGGAAAAGUUCGCCAAAGAAGAAACGUCUUAUGCAAAGCUUAUUACGUUUGUCUAUUGCAUGGAAUUGGUUUACUUAGAAUGGCCCAAGCAUUUUCCUAUUGCACAAAACCUUCACUGGAAAUAUCAAACGUGGAUCGAUUUGCACGCGGGCGAUCACUUUGAAAGCUGGUGUGACUUUCUAAAAGCGGAGGUCGACAAAUGCUCUUACGAUGAAGUUUCUCAAACUUUCGAGCUUGUUUUAAGAAAUGAGCAUGAGUUUUUCGAAGCUUGCUAUCAGCAGUGA